AGUCACCAGUCAUAGCAGCAUGUAUAUGCUUGACGACUGUUAAAAAUCACUGUUAGCCAUGAGUUAGUCCGGGUCUAUGCAAUUUUCUCAGAAAUUAAUACAAUUUUAAAAUCUAAUUUUUUAUUAGUAGUCUUCUCAUCCAAAUAGUUAUAUUAUUUUAUUAAGCCUAUCCAGAAAAAUAUUUCUUGUUAGUCACCAUAUUCCUUUAGUAAGGUAAUUGUGUCGUUUAUUCCAAGCAGGCAGGUACUGAUAAGAACCGUUUAUUUUAUUAGUGAUAUAAACGAGUUUUUUUUUUUACUGUGGUUAUAAUUUCUUAUAGUUAAUAUUUAAGUUAGAUAAAAAUGAAAAUAAUAUGUUAAAAUAAAAUAAUUCGUUUCGUACAUACUCAUUUCAAAUUUUUUUCAUUGCAAAUUCAAAAUGAGUGCAAAAGAAGUAACUGCAGCUCCAGAGAAAAAGAAAAAAGAGAGUAUAUUAGAUUUAACAAGGUUAGUUAAAUUAGUUUAGCUAAACCUAAAAACUUAAUUGUAUCUAAAAAAAUUUAAGAUAUUAAAAUUAAUAUUUGUUCUUAUAUAUUUACAGAUACUUAGAAAAAGCCAUUAGGGUGAAAUUUUCUGGAGGUCGAGAAGUAUCUGGAAUUCUUAAGGGAUUUGAUCCAUUAGUCAAUCUAGUAUUGGAUAAUACUCUUGAAUAUUUACGAGACCCUGAUGAACCUAUGAAGUUAACAGAAGAUACAAGGACAUUAGGUUUAGUUGUUUGUCGAGGCACAUCAAUUGUAUUAAUUUGUCCAGUUGAUGGUAUGGAAGCAAUUGCCAAUCCUUUUGUUCAACAAGACUAAUAUUUUAAAUGAAUGGUUAUGUACCUACCUAUAAUUUUAUGAAUUCACUAAUGGAAAAAAUGCAUGCCUCAUAGAUUAAGUUUUGUUUUAUCACUAAAUAUUAUGUUUUUUUAAAUAAUUAAUGUAAUGAAAUUUACUAUUUUAUAUCAAUAAUUGAUUAAAGCCCAAUAAAAACCUUUUUUUAUAAAUAAUACAAUUAUAACUAAUGUUAAAUGCAAAUUCAGUGUACAUUAUGUUUUUAAUAUGUACAAAUUACAAACAUACAUAGGUAUAUUUAAUUUUAUUAAACACUAUACAAUAUUUAAUCAUUCAUAAAAAAAAUAUCUAAAUAUCUAUGUAUAUUAAAAAAAAAACAGCAGUAAAUAACAAAAUGUUGCACAUGGAUUUAUGAAAUUGAUGUAUAAUUUUAUCACCUACACAAUGAAUUUUUAAUAGAUAUAUCUUGUGUCCUAAAUUUAUAUUGAGACUAUUUUGUAUAUCAAUUAAUAAAAUGUAAAAUAAUUUUGAUACCAAGUAAACUUCACUCACUCAUUCCUUUAGUUUCCUAUCUUUCUUUUUAUCAAUUCUUUUCAAGAGCCCAAUCUACCAAUUAAGUAUUAUAAUCUAUUUUGAAACAAUAAAUUAAUUAUAACCAUUAAAGAUUAUUGAUUAAUCAAAUCAUUACAAAUGCAAUUAUUGAGUAAUUUUCUUAAGUCUUUCCAUAUUAUUUUGUUUAUGUUGUUAAUUUUAUUAAUAUGUUAAUAUUAAGUACAAAUUAAUUGAUGAAAUAUGUAAAUACUGUUAAUGCAAUUUUCACUGUUUUGAGGGAGAUAACAUAAUUUUAAAUAUUUCAAAUUAGAAAUGUUGUAAAUAUAAAUAUUCAACAUUGAAGAUAUUUUCUUAACUAACGCCAAUUUUUUAUACUAGUAUAAUAUAUUAUAAAAUAAUUAAUAGUUGGUAUCAUUCUUUAAAGAUUACAGUUUAGUAAGAACCAUUAAUUUAAAUACUGUAUUGUAUACCUAUUCACUUUUUAUGUGCAAUUAAUAGAAUGAUUUGUUAUUUAGAUCAACGAACUUGACAAUCUCCUUUUUUAAAGUCUUAGAACAAUUUCAAAAAUAUCAUGUUCACGUUCAAAUUUUACGUUUAUCAUUAAAUUAUAGAAAAUUAUUAAUAAAAAAAUAAUAAUACUUACUUUAAUUUCUAACAGUAACUAUAAUAGUGUGUACAUAUUUAUGUUAGUGUUUAAAAUAUGUUGUCAAUCAUUGAGAUAUAAUUAAAAAUACAAUAUUGAUGGUUUUUAUAAAAUAACCUAUUAAUACAUAUUGUAUAGGCUAUACAAUCAAAUUAUGUGUCAUAAUUUUUUUUUUUAAUUUUCAAAUUUAAACCGAGGAUAUGGUAUACCAAUGGAAUUUACAAUAUUUAUAUUUCACUAUCUUCAUCUACAUUAAUAUUACAUAAAUUUAUGUUUACACAUAUUACAUACAUUUAAGAAAAAAAUCACACAUCAAAACUACACAAGAUUUUGUCAAUAGAAAAAACGUGCACCGAUUACCCAUAAUUUGUAUAUACUAAAUUGUAGUUUAGCUAUAAAAUAAUGUCUGAUUAACUAUUAUCAAUGAGAAAAGUGUACACAAAUAUAGAUUAUUAGUUUUGUUUUAAAAACAACAUAAUGCCAACAUCAUACUAUUAUUAUAUAAAUGCUUGUAAUAGUGCAAAUUUCACAUCAAUUUCAUAAUUUAAACUAUAUUCAACUAUGCUAUUUUAUUACAAUAAAAUGUAUAACAAUUGUUUAUAUGUAUAACAUAAAUACAAAUAUAGUUUGUAUUAGGUAUAAUAAUUUGUGAUAAACAUAUUUUAAAAAAAAAUAAAAUAUUCUUAUACUCAAUCAAAAUAAAUAAGUUAUGUUUGUAAAAUAGAAUUUUAAUAAAAACACGAUCCAAGAGUAUAAAAAUUAUUUUAGGAAACAAUUACUAGCGCCUCCAAGAAUUUUUAUCUCUUCGAUCACCUGAUUUUUUAAACCUUUUCUUCUUGGGCUCAUUUUUAGAACUACCACUGAGCCAAAACCCAGAUGAUUUUUUUUCAUUUUUGGUAUAAGGCAUUUUUGGAGGAGGUGGUGGCGGUUGGUAGACUGAAUUGUAUGAAAACUUGGACUGAUUAUAAUUGUUAUAUUUACUUUGGUCCAUGGUCAUUGGUGGAGGAGGUGGUGGUGGUGGUUGUUGAGAUCCAUAUUGAUUUGGAUAAACAUCUGAUAUAUAGCCAGGUGGAGGGUAUGCAUAAGGCAUAGGUGCAACAUAAUUCAUAGGUGCUCUAUAUGGGGUGGGAAAACUAGGUGGAGGUAAACUUCUUUCGGGUUUACAAGGUGAUGAAAAUUCCUCUUCAGGUAUUGGAUGUUCAACUGAAGUUACAGAAGAAAUUCGUUGGCGAGGAUCUCUACAUUUCUUUUCACUAUCUGCAGCAGCUUUAGAAAUAUCUUCAUCAGUUGAAUUCAGAUCUUUUGUAUUUAUAGAUGAAAGUAUAUCUUUGAUAUUACUAGGCAAGUGAAUUUUAGUUGUCAAUGGGGUUAGCUCACUUGUAGGACUAUACACUUCUUCGUCAGAAUCCAAUGACUACAAACAAAUUAAAAUUAUCAUAAUUAUUAUUAUAUUAAAUUUGUAACAAAAACUUAAUUUAUGUAAAUAAUAACAAAUAUUUCUAAAUGUAACAUAAACAAGUAAAAUAAGUUAAAAUUUUAAUAAUUUAUACUACAUACAAUAUGAGGCAUUCUAAACAAAACUUAGGAAGAUUUAACCUAACCUCAUGUCUGAUGUGCACUGGGACAACAGGUGAGAUGAUAG